AUGUUAUAUUGGCAAAUUCAACGAGAUUUUUUAUCACUAUUCAGUCGCGACGAUUUUACCAAAGGUUAUUUUGAUCCAAUCGAUGGACUACGAGCUAUUGCCAAUCUUUUAAUUAUCUCUUGUCAUUUGGUAACAAUUUUUGGUGCAUUUGUUCCAUCUUAUCCUCAUGUUCAAUGGCAGGAAUUCUUAAACAGUCAAGCUUUUAUCUUAGCACCUUUAAUGACGUUGGCUUUGGAAAUUUUCUUUAUGUUAUCGGCAUUUUUGCUAACCCAUAAAUUGAUCAUACAAUGGACGAAAGAUGAUAAUAGCCAUCGACUAUUUCUACAGCAAUAUCCAAAAUCGAUUUUGAAAUGGGCUCUAAGAUUUUGGCCUGGUAUUUUGUUGGCAACUAUAAUUAUGUUCAUUUGCGGUGAAUCACGAAAUCUCAAUCCUGCCAACUAUGUUUUAUAUCGUGCUACACUUGUUCAACAAUUUAAACUUUGUAAUUCAUUAGUACCACAACAAUUUCUUGAUCCAGAGAAUCAUAUGUUGAAUUAUUCAGAAUUAGCAUUGCAAUAUGUAUCAAUGUUUAUUCGUUCAACGAAUAAUAUAUAUCAAAGUCUUGAACACCUUUCUGAUUUCGGCAGAUUUUUUUUCUCAUUUAUAUAA